ACUAUAUGCACGGCCACUUCCUGGUUUAGAUAAGUCAGCUCAGUCAUUUCCGGUCAAAUGUGCAAAAUCAAGCGGCCGUGAAGAUGUCUUUCUACACUCGCUGCCUUCAGGAUUUACCUCAAGUCAACAUCAAUGAUGUACACCGCCUUAUUCAGGAAAACUCCAAGGCUUCGUCCAGUAAACGGGAAAAAGGAUUUAAGCUGUACAUAUCCAGUUAUAUUCAUGACUGUGAAGGUUGUCCUCAAACACACUAAACCUGUUGAGCUGAUGGCCUGUCAGUGCUCAUGUGUGGCAGGGCUUGCUCUAUGUAAUCACAUUGCAGCAUUGCUCUUCCAAACAGCACAUUACAGCCAACAGGGAGCGGCAGCUGUCCCCCCGACUCACAGCUGCACAGGGUCUGAGCAGCAAUGGCACAAACCCAGGACCCAGGGCUUUAAGCCUGGUCCAACAAAUGAAAUGGUGGUAUUGUCAGCUAGGCCCAAGGAGAGAAGAUUGGCAGAAGGCAUCAGGAGCAACCUGUAUAAAGCUGCCUGUAACCUGACCUGUUGCCUUCCAGACAUGUCAGUUCUACGGGUGAAGGAUAUUUACGAAGGCAUGUCGAAAGAAUCUGCUCCUUUAAUAGCCACUAUGGGUAUUUCAGGGGAUGUGCCUUUAGUUGACAGCGCUUUUGGAAAAGUCCAAGAAGGGAGUUUACUGUCCUAUCAACUUCCAGCAUGGAGCCCACCAAAGACCUGUCCACAUAGCACUGCACCACCACGACCAUACUUACCUCUGGAUGGCUACUGUCUAGGUCCCUCAGAGUGCUGUUUUGUGUUGACUCACCAUCAGCAGAUGCACAUGACUUCUCUAGCAACAACAGAAGUCAUGGCACACGAAACUGAGAUGGGCACAAGACAACAAAGCACAAUGAGGGAAUGGCAUUUAUUGAGAAAGCCACGUCUAACCUCCUCUAGAUUCAGAGAAGUUUGCCAUGUGAGAGGGCAGUCCUCAGCGGCGAGUCUAGUGGUGAGAAUUUUGAAGUCAGGCUAUCAGUCUGCAGAAAUGAAGCGGGGCCUUCAGAUGGAGCCCAAAGCUAUUGAGGAAUACUGCUGCAUUCAGGAGGUAAAUCACUACCCUUGUGGUUUUAUCAUCCACCCCGAUGCACCUUGGCUUGGCUCAUCACCAGAUGGGUUGGUGUACGACCCUAAAGCUGAUCCUGUGUUUGGACUGGUAGAAGUGAAGUGCCCAAAUUUGAGAAGCUAUGUGGACUGUGCCUACCUUAGGGUCUCUGGUGGAGUGCUACAGCUCAAACAGUCUCACACUUACUACUGGCAGGUGCAGGGCCAACUAUUCAUUUCCGGGAUGAAGUGGUGUGAUUUUGUUGUGUUUACUGAAGACGACAUGUUCAUACAAAGAAUAUACAGAGAUGAGGGAGUCAUUAAAACAAUGAAGCAAAAGGUUGAUUACUUUUACUUUUACUUUUACUUUUAUCUUCCAACACUUUUGGCUUGA